AGCGGAGCCGGACCGAGCCGAGCGGAGCCGAGCGGGAGCGGGGCGGCUCGGAGCGGGUCCCGGGGCCGGGCCCGGGUCUCCGCGAUGCGGCGGGGCCGCGCGGUGCUGCCGGUGCUGCCGGUGCUGCUGCUGCUCUGCCCGGUGCCCGGGCGGGGCGGGGGGUGCGGGAGCGGGCGGACGACGGCGGCGGGGGGGUGCUGCACCCCCUGUCCCCCCGGAUUCGGCGUCACCGAACCCUGCGGCCACACCGACACCCGCUGCCAGCCCUGCACCCACAACCGGACCUUCUCGGCGGUGAGCAGCGCGGUGGAGCCCUGCCAGCCCUGCACCCCCUGCCCGCUCCUGCCUGCCCGGCCCUGCACCCCUGCCCGCGACACCCUCUGCACCCACGAGGACCUGGAGCGCACGGGCGGCGAGCCGGUGACGGGGGACCCCUCUCCCGUCACCCCCGAGUUCGUGCCACCACCGCCCGAGGCCACCGGCAAGGACAUCAUCCCCGUCUACUGCUCCCUCCUGGCCGCCGUGGUGGUGGGACUCCUCGCCUACGUGGCCUUCAAGUGCUGGCACACGUGCAGGCAGAAGCAGCAGCUGGCCAAGGCGCGGGCAGGGGACUUGGGGACGUCACCCGAGGGGGAGAAGCUGCACAGUGACAGCGGGGUCUUCCUCGACACCCACAGCCUGCAGGAGCCCCACCAGCCCGGCAAGGCCCCCCGUCCCGAAGGGCACCCAUUCAGCACGGUACCAGCGCAGCGGCAAGAGGAACUGGAGCGGCUGCUGGAGAGCGGGGGUCCCGGGGGGGACUGGCGCAGCCUGGCCACCCGCCUGGGUUUCGGCCCCGACGCCAUCGGCACCUUCGGCCGGGGCCGAGCACCCGCUCGCACCCUGCUCAGCGCCUGGGCCGGCGCCGAGGGGGCCACGUUGGAGACCCUCUGCCAGGCCCUGGUGGCCAUCGGACGGCAGGAUGCGGCCCGGCGCUUGGCGGGACCGGGGGACGCCACGUCCGCCGUGUGACCGACCGGGGGUCCCCGAAACCCGCCGGGACGCGGGGGACACCGGGUGGGCUCGGCGGGUGCUCCCCGGUUUUUUUGGUUUUUUUUCCUUUCAGAUAGUUCUUUGGGGUGUUUUUUUUUGAGGGGGGGUUUUGUACUUUUAUUUUUUUUUUUUUAGGGGGUG